CCUCUCUCCUCCUCCUGACUCCUUGCCCUUUCCCCUGUCAUCCCGUGGAUAAUCUAAAUCUAUCAUCGAUUCAUGCAUUGCAGAAGUCACUCAGGGUCAGGAUCAACCACUCGACCUCGAGUAGAUAUAUUUGAGCAUCAAGAAGUAUCUCCAACCACAAGAAAGACAUAUGUACUGUAGGCAGUUUGCUCAGGAAUAGACUUAGUCACAAAAAAUACUACGCAUACUCGCGAGGGCCGUUCUUAGCCAUUUUCGAGUUCCAAGAAUACGCGAAGCGCUUCAAUUUCGAAAGCGUGGGCUUUUGAAUCUCCAGAGGGGCGCCUACCUCUCUCAGAAAUUACAUUGCGGAGUCUCCAGAACUAACACUCUCAAGAGCGCUCUCCGGUACUCAGAAACGCUUUAUUUUGAAGGCGUUGAGAAAGUAGGUUGGCUGAAACACAUCUAGGCUCUCUCCUUAGCAAAUCUAGACCUUGCAGCAAAGCUAGGUGGACCUCUGUGGAAUCACAAUCAAACACACCAAUGAUCAGGUAAAACAGGGACGCCCUGCGGCUUUACAAAACGGCACUCGUCUAUUGUCAGCAACGAACUGCAGCACUUUUAGAAAACGACUCUGGCUCACAAGAAGGCACACUAGAACGAGCUGCGUAGAACUUGCAUCGGACUUGCAUUGGUCUCGCAAGCAGGUACUAUAACCAAGCGCUUGACUUUCAUUGCAUUGAGAAAGGGUUCAAACAAAAGGCUCUCCCUAGCGAAGCUUGGCCGUAGGUAGAAGUCACGCAUCUUCGUGGAACGACUUUCAAUCAAGUACGUCAUUCACGCAGGUACCAGAACUUGCCGCAAGAGCAUCAAACACACCAACCAGGUAAAGCAAGCGCGAACAUUUCAUGAUAAUCGCGAACAUGAUGGGGCCAUUUGCUGUUUUGCUGCUCUCCUUCUCCUUGGUUUUUGCCACGGAGGUCAAGGAGCCUGGGAAUCUUCGUGGAAGUAGUUUUCUUCAAAAUGAAUCAGACCAAGCAGGCUCGCCUCUUCUAUAUAGAUGCGUCGAUAAUUCGUCUGAUGUAGCCUGCAAGGGGAAUUGGGAAGGCUACCAGUGCCAAUUUAUGAUUGCAUUGGAGCUAUUUCCCGAAGGAUCUGAGCGGCACUGCCUUGAUGAAGCACUUGUCAGCCCUUUCAAGGCAGUGGCCUCACUCUGAUUAGUUUCGGGAAAUCGGCACAAUCUUGCUUCAUUUGAAUUGACGAGUCGACUACUGGAACGUGUAAAGGACCACCGUCCCCGCGCUUCACCCGGCUCACCAACGAGGCGGUGAAAAGUUGCAAGUGCAGUCGGGGUUUGUUGAGGGCGGCCGCUAGCGUGUUGCGUAAUCCGUUGCGAGCGAUUCGCGCAGCGAGUAUCAAUAAGUUUUAGCUUUCGUUUCUUCUUUUCACCACCGCCAGCACUUUUCAUAUCUCUCCGCGGCCUUGUUGCUCUUGAAAGCCGAAGGCGAGAGCGAUUGGGUUGAAAGCGGUGAGUUUAGGGCGAUCGCCAUCGAGGUAGAACAGGCAAUCCGCCCCACAUCGAGCAGUGCCCUCCUUGCUUCGGCUUUGUUUUUCUUGUGGUGCUCAGUGAGGGCUGCCCUGACUGGUUCACUGCGCAAGUCUGUCGAUUUUGUCGGUGUUCGUGGACCCCCUUGGGGGUCGUGCUUCUCGUCUCGUGUUGGCUUACCGCGAGCUUUGCUAAGCGCCACAACACCAAUAGAAAAAGCCUACUGUAUCCAACAAAGAUCAGCAGGAAUAAGGUGGAACCGUAGCAAGACGCCGCCACUAGUCACAGGGCUCUGAUGUUCGUGCCUAGCGUUGAGUGUGUUUAUUUUUGUGGCGUGAAAUCUGUAAGCGUGACUUUGUCUAACUUCCUUCUUGUUGGGUCUUCUUCGUUCUCUCGACGAGAUCCUUCCGCAUCUUCGUCUCCUUCUUUACCCGCAAGAACACCCGGGAAAUUUUUUUAGGCUGCUGCUUCCCCUUGUUGAUCUAGUUGACGUCUGGAAAGGCGCGAGCUAAUGACUUUGAUGCAGUAAAGAGCUUGGCGCUUUGUUUUUCAGUUGUUUCUUCUCCUGUUGAACGUCAGGCAUUGCACACAAAACAGAAUACAUCUCGACAGAAGCAUGAUGCGGCCUCUUGGCUUUCCGACUAGACAAGCGGCGGUGACCAACAUCCAAGCACUCUUCUCCAAAUUCUACCCGCUGGCGAAAUGCCCCUGAAACAAACCUGCUGAAGAAAACAGGGCUAAGGAGGCAUGUGGACGCGCAGGGUCAAACUUGAAAAAAGGCCAAAACAGUGCGUGGCGCUCUGAUUCGGGAACCCCCGGCGGCCAUAGCUCAGGCGGUCACUGACAAAGAAGUCUACGGGCCAGCACAUGCUCCGGCAUCCAACAAAGGGAAAAAUAGCAGGAGGGCUGCUGCUGACAAGAAAAAACCCGCUUCCGAACUAGACGCAUAUCUACAGGAGAACAACAGGCCGCGCAGCACGGAGAUCGACCCCGUCGCCGCCUCCGUAGAAGAGGCAACUCAAUUGGUGGCUGGCGCUGGUCGCGGAGCACCUUGCUUCGAGGUUGCUUCCGUCGCCUUUGGUGGGCAAUUUUCCAACAAUUCUGGCGAUGUCCUAGCUGGUAUUAUCGGACUCCGCUUGCUUAGGUCAGACUGGGCCGCCAAGACUGCAGGCAUUGGAGGGGCAGCCGUGUGGGAUCAGUCAAAGGCGAAGCAAGUCCUCCAACAACUUCCAUCAGCAGCGAAAAAAGGCCCAGGGCUUGCCUUGACUCCUGAGCAAGUGCGUCGCGCCCGGAAGCGGUUGAGUAAGAAGUUGGGUGCGCCCAACGGGCUUCGUGCGAAAGCCCGCACCGAUGCCCCGGGCUCGGCUGAUGAUCUCUCCCGCAACGCGUUCAGCAACUUGAUCGAGCAAACAACGGCUGAGAACUACGGCGUAGUAAUGGGCAAGAUCGUCACCGAGGCAGGGCGGUUUUUCACAGUUUCGCUUCGACAUAAACGCGCGCGAAUUCUUGAGGCCAACGACUUGAGACCCACGGGGAAACAAGGCUGAGCCGCCCACCGGGCCAGACUAAUACGUAAGGAGAGGGAAGGGCAUGGGUGACGUCGUGCUAUCACACGACGCCCGCCAAGUGUUUAAUUUAGUUGGCAUCGCGAUUGUGCUACGCUGGUUACGCUGGCUACGGCUUCCGCCUCAGCUGAUCGCGUUGCGUUGAAUCCUAUGCGGCGAGAAGAGCAUCCCGCCCCAGCUCGAGGAGAAGGCAAAUCGAAUGGCGGGGCGUCGACGUUGCCUGCGGGGGGAGCGUGAUGCAAUGCAGGCAGGCGCUGCCAUCCUUGCCCCCUUUGUUUCUCAAAUUGAUGGCAGAGACCAUCGUAGACACAGGAAAAGAAGGCGGACCCAUCAACCCAAACCACCGAGAAGGAAGGCCGCAGGACUUUAGGGAAAAGGCUGACAAAAUCGCAGAAAGCGGGCACCAGUGGGGUGUAGGAUACGCUGUGACUGAAGUCGGUGAUCUCUUCGUCGACCUGGACAACAUGGAUGCCGCCACUGCAAGGGAAAAGCGCCAACGGGCGCGACUGCUGCUCCGCAGGACGAGACCGAAGGCGCCAGCGCUUGCGUUGGCGAUACGCCGACCGAGGCAACACGCUCGCGGAUGGACGUAACCAGCAGGAGACUACCGAAACUACUACGCGCACUGUCAUCCAUCACAUAGGAGACUUCCCCGCGAGUCAGCUGCGAUCUUCGCUGCAACUGAGAAGGCAGGGCGCCCUCUCUUCAACUUCAAUGAUGGCACUGAGGUGGAACAGGGGCGGGUAGCAUAGAUGGCGUCCAUCCUUAAAGCCGCCGCGGUCCUCAAUGUGCCGCCGAAGCUCAAGAAGGGGGCCUUUGUUAUGCUCGGCGCCAUUCCGGGGCGACUUGCGUGGCGCAAUGUUGACCGGCUUCGCCAGAGGGAAGCUUGUCGACAUAGCGUGAAGCCUGGGAUUGUUCUUCAAACACGGGCCCAGCGGUGUUCAACCAAAGUGGGCGCCCACGGUGGCGCGGUGGCUCUCAGCCUCGAAAGUGAUGAGCGUGGCAGCACUUGCAGGCUGUGAACUGCAAGAGCAGCAGUCCGAAGACAUCAGAGUCGCAAUGAAUGGCGCGCGCUGUUUUGCGCGGCAUGGGUCUCAGUGAUCAACUUCUACACAGGCUCGCUGCUGAGGCAGGUCGCCCGCCGGUCCGAGUACUGUUUUCCGCUGUCGGGCUGCGGAUGGCUUAGAUUAUUGGCGCAAAGUGCUCGCGUAGCCAGACGCCAAGCAGCAAAGUGCGCCGGUGCCACCAUGUCACGACGUGAGCGGCUCGCAGUGUGCAGCAGGGAGAUAACCGAGCAGAGGGCGGAGAGGCUGUCAAUGGAUGAGGAAGCGCGCAACAUGAUCAAAGUGAGAAAAUUCGCCGUCGAAAAUAUCAAAGAGGCGCCCCCGCUGGGCACGUCAUCAGGCCCCACCAACGUGAUCCGCGACUGGGCAAAGCGUGAAAAAUGCGAAAGCAGCAAGCAGUGAGGGCAUCUUCAAGGAGCAUCCGUGGCGCGAUAAUCUGGGCGGAUGACAAGGGCAAAGGGAUCGCUUGCGCAUUGAGAUGGAUGAUGGCAAGCGGGUGGAAGGUGAAAAGCAAGCGCGUUCCCGUAUUGGAAUAUGCGACACGAUAACGAUGUAAAGGGGAGGCCUGGACACAUCAAGCAAAGCGGCGAGUCUUCUUACGAGAAGUAGUAACAAAAGAACUCGAACCAGCAGCAGCAAGAGGCGGCUGCACAAUGUGGAUUGCAGCUUUCGGCGUGCAUGAGAAAGCGCUCGAUCGACGUGCUGUUGCAAACAGGAGAGGGGGGGCCGCUGCCGUAAAUAGGAAGCCGCUACUGCUCGCCAGCACGUGGGUGCCUCCUAUGCCACAGGUCGGCCCAUGCCGUAACAAGCCACGCAACUACAUCAACAGCACGCCAGUAAUACUCUAUGGCGAUGCAUGGUUGUGGACAGAAGAGAAGACUGAGGAGCCUCGUAAGGGAUCCAGAGAACAAAGUCAAAGAAUAAGAAACACUUGCUGUCAUGUUCGAGAAAGAGGAGAAGACGACACAGGUCAGGGACAAAUCAGACGAUACGUCGCAAAUGCGCUUGCUGACCGUCGUAGCGGCGCAGACAAAGGAGGAGGCAGCAGAUGGAAGAGAAGAAUAGGCAAAAUUGGGCUUGGAGGUGCCUUGUUGUGAGGGAGGAACUUUCGGAGUCCUCUUACUCACUUCGCCGGUUCACUGGAUGGCAGGGCGGUUGUGCUUAGUUCUUGUUGGACCUGUGGCGCCCUUGGUGGAACUGUUGUGAAGCCAUUUGUUCAUCCACUCAUCAGACAAGAAACGGGUGCAAUGUUCCGGAGUCUUACAGGGAAGCCUGCAAGUAGAAAGUAGAUAGAGCAGUUCCAUGACAACGCGCGAAGUUACUUAGUGCAGGCGUUCUUACUGAAGUGUCAAUACCCAGAUCCCGAAUGCAAACGUAAGAACCAAGCAACUAGAUCACCAGGAGGAUAGUGAUGAAGAUCAUGGUCACCACUAGGAUAAUGAUCAAGAUCAUAGUCGCCAUUACUUAGGAUCAUGAUCAUCAACGCAACGAUCACCACCAAGAACCAAGAGCAACAACCAGGUAGAUCACUAACAGCACUAGGACCAUUAUGAUAAGUACCACCAUCAUCAUGAUCAGCCUAGUACUGCACUAAGUAACUAAAGGGCCAGCAAAGUCAUAGACAAGCACAGAAGGAACAACCACAACAAGGAGCAAAAACCUCGCUCAUCAUUCUUGUCAGUGGCCGGCCAUUUGGGCUAUUGCAAACAGCAAAAACCUGAUCACGCUAUUGCUGUGAUAUAUAGAACGACUGCGCGUUAAGGGUGCCACUGUGUUCGCUACUUUUCUUAUGAAGCUCAAAACUAGUUCUGGGGAGCUUGUUGCUACCGGGAAGCCUUGGGGGCCUGGCUGGGCGACUAGCUCUUGUCUUAGGUCUUGCUCGGUCCAUUGCCCUCAAAGUGACAAACUUGAUAGUAGGGACCCUUGAAAGUUCUGACUUAUUAUUUGACAAAGACGGGGGAUAUCCUUCAUAGUAGGCUGGCUUUCGAGCUGCCUCGAUCGAGUGAUUGUUUCAACCCGAGUUGAGUGAUUCGUUGUGUGUUUCUUCGAUAGUCUUACUGUUAUCUCGUAUGGUACAGCCGCUACGUAGCCUUGUCCGCAUGUACUGUGUCCGUAACCUAACCAUACAAAACGAAGGUACGGCCGCUGCGGAGGAGUCGAAACAGGCCGUUGGGGUGAAUUCGGGAUCGAAUUCUGGCGUGAAAGAGAACUGAUGGUCAACUGCAAAGGUUAUUAUGCCAAGUCAUAGCUUUCAUUAGUCUAGGGGUCAUCUUCUACCAGGUAGUGGGAACACCGUCUGUAUCUGUUCACUUACACAAUCGUGGCAAUCAACAUAGUGACUCAUUGACUUUCGUUUUGUGCUUCCUGAUCAAUUGCAACAUCAAACAUAGAACAACAUGAACAUCUGUUUAGAAGAAAUGUUUUCUCUUCUUCUAAUCGUUUGGGAUUCAACAAGGAGGUGGUAGAAAGGGAGAUGCUACUGCCUCAUGGUGUGGUUUAGUUCCAGUGGUGUGGGGAAUUCAAGUCGUGGGCAAUGGGGGCGAAAAUCGAUGAAGAGGGGAAAUGGGUUGAGGCGAAGUCUACUGGGUAGGAGUAGUAGGAGAAUCGUGAUGGGUCGUUUUUAUCGAAUGAACAAGUUCUAUGAUCAUAUGGAUAAUAUCGUGUUGUAACAAAUAAGGUAAACAGAGUGAGUAAUUGCAAAGAUAGAUAAUAUAAAAUAUAUAAAGCUCAUGAGAAAGCGUUUGCUCGGCAAAUAAGAGUAUCGUCUGUGAAGAGGCGAAGACAAAGCAAGUAGACACAAAGAAAGGAAUUAGAAGACGCGGCAUACGUACCUUGUCGACUGUGCCACUCUUACAAGACAAGCGCUUCUUUGUUGAGCUUCUGUAGCAUUAGAAGUUAGCAAUAUGUACGUUAGCAUUAGAAGUGGAAAGAAUUGCAUAUCUAUGUACGUAAAAACGGGACCGAUAAUUGAAAAUGAAAAUCAGAAACGAAAUAUAGCACGGCACGAACGAUAAGAAAUCUCUCUCAUGGUAUUUUGUUUUAUGUUGUAUCAUGUCAUGACUUCGAAAAAAGUUUACACACGAGACCACCUAGCUUUCGAAUUUGUCCUGUACUUCUUCAUAAUACAUUAAAAAGUUCCAGAAACCAUUGUACAUAUUUUGAAACAAAUCAAUGUAGCUCUGCUUGUCCAUCGCAGACGACAAGCCCUAUGUAAAAGCUAGAUUGGCGGGUAGAAAUCGUCAGAGAAAUCUUAAGCUGCGGAUAUCAAUCUCAGGGAGGCACGAGAUAGGUGGAUGAAUGCCGUAGAAAGUGAUACUCUCUUGUUGGUCAGUAACAAUCGAAAAGCAGCCUCAAUUCAAGAGUCAACUUCAAAUGAUCUUAUUACAUCGAAGUAAAAAAAUGAAUCUAAACUAAAAGACGCUAUGUAUAAUUGGUGUGAUCUCGGAAAAACAUAACUCAAGAGCAUGCAUCUAUAACAAUUGUUAUGACAAUUGUUGAUGG